AUGGCGGCGCGAAAAGGCGGGAUCAUUCUCACUAGUCUCAGCGACUGUUUGAUAUUUCUGCAUUGGUUGAACACCGAGGGGAAGGGAAAGGAUAUGCAAUCACAUGUUGCCAGCAGAUUGCGUGAAAAACUUGCAAAAUAUUAUAAUAAUCUCGAUCAAAGUAAAAUCGCAUCAUCAUUGUCUACCUUCCUGGGCCACGUGGAUACAUUUUAUAAAAAAUUGGUUUAUGAUUACGUCCCUGAACAGCAGUUUCUAUCCGGAGCCUCAAUGUCCCGCGAUGCGGAAAUCAGAGACGCAGAUAUACUUGUCAAAGCUUUGUUGGAGUGCAUCCCCAAGUUCCUCUCUGCAAUUUAUUAUUUGCGGUAUUGCGUGGCUUAUACGUUCGUGCCACUCGGAGGAGGGGGGUGGAAGGAAAACUGGCCUGGGUACGAAGUGGCAUGGUGGAAACAUUUUGGGUAUGAUUAUGGAGGUGAUCUUAAUAAGUAUCUUUUUUCGAAUAAAUCACAUGAGUACGGUGGCAUUUUACCCGGCGGCUUCACUAGACGAGAAAUAAAAUACGGUCAUAAUUGGGGCGGUUACUCCCGUGGUUAUUCCAUGGUAACGGACCUUAAAGCCAUUUUUGGAAAACAUGAUGACCAAUUUUUCCGUGAUGUAUUCGCCACUUCAGUGUUAUCUGAAAGUUCAGGCGCAGAUAAACCAAACACGGCGAAUGCUCUUGCAUUGGUAAACAGGUUUUGCGAGAUUGUGACUGAUGAGGCAAAGAAGAAUAAUGGCGGAGCGUUAAAAGAAAAAUUGGAAGAGAGCAUUAAGGGAAGCAGGAAUUGUACCAUAGAUUGGGAAUCUUUAAAGCGUCAUUGUGAACAUCUUCAAGAACAAUUCGGCAGAAUUUUCAAGAACGAAGGCUUUGCCUUCACCGGCUAUGGAAGGGGUAUUGGAGAGCUGAAAAAACAAGAUUUUGCGAAGGCUACAGCGCAGUGGUUGAGACAUAAUAUGGAACAGGUCAUUAAAAAUAUGACGGGAAUCAAGCCUUUUAGUAAUGCUUAUGAUCUUUUCGAUAUGACCAGAUAUACAAAUGGCGCCUCCAAGCUUAUGGAGUAUUACGCAGACCUGGGACCACAUUUCACAUACAAUCUCUUUCCAUACGGAUUCACGUUUGAGAGCAUCAGCUUUGGACAGAUGGCUGCACCGUAUGAGGGUUUGAAACACGACUGGGAAAGUGUAAUCAAGACGCUUACUGGCAGCGAUGAAAAUGGUGGGCUAAAAAAACUUAAAACGAUUUUGGAUGGUGAGAAAUGUACUCCAGCUCCGCCUCCAAAACCACGACCUAGGCCGGCGCCUGCGCCUAGGCCCCCGAGACCUGCCAGACCUGCGCCACCACCCAAGCCCACAACAGGUAACUCAUCCGGAGCUCAAGGUUUCAGAGGAGCCGGAGGGAAUCGAAAUAGCGGAAAUGGCGGCCAGAUGGAGUCUGGUGCGAGACGGGUAAAAGGAAGUGGAGGGGCAGGGUAUCGCAGGGGAAGUGGCGCCCAACGUAGCGCCACUCAAGUGAAAUCAGUGGCUCAGAGUCGUACAGCUUCCAGGCUUUCCCAUGUUCAAGCUUCAUCAGCUCAAAAAGCUGCUCAACCUCAAAAUGCUGAUAACUCUUCCAGUCAACAAGUGGCGGGACCUCAACAGCUCGUAGAAAUUAAAGCGCCUCCAGCGCCAAGUGUUUCAGUGAGUCGAAAUCAUGCUACAUCGUCGACAACAACAGUUCAAGAGCCUGACAUUCCAUCUGUCAGUCCCCAAGAAAAACCAGGCCAUAUCGCCUCAUCUCAUACUCCCGCUACUCCUGGGCGCAGCGGCACCUCCGGUGAUUCAAAUGACCAGGCGCGUAGUUCAAAUCCUUUUGUUCAACCAGGUGUGUCGGUGUCUUCUUCUGUAUCGAACCCCCCGAAUGGUCAAACCUUGCCGACCGAUAGAGUUGUCUCGAGUGCCGCUGCUAUACAUCCCACAACUCAUCGAGCUGCUUCGGAUGGCGGUGAUGGCAUAGGAGGGAAUGGUACGGCAGGGGAGAUGGGUAGUACUGGGGGAUCAGAUUCUACAGGUAGUUCUACGUCCCUACCGCACCCUCCUCCCCCAGCACAGCUAGAACCCUUACCUGCUAGCCACGAUGUUACUGCAGUUCCUGAACUACCCAAGGAAGUGGUUCCGGAGAAGAAAGUUACCGUUAUUAAAGCGCCAGAGCCUAUUACGCCUAAAAUAGCUGAAGGAACUAAUAAACUUGAGGGUACACCCAUCCACGGCGGCACACUUGGAGUAAAUCCGAUGCAGGACAAUAAUCAAAAUACGGAAAAGUCUCCCAGCCCGGUAGUUGUAACCUCUGUUCAAGUUGUGUCUCCUGGUAGCGAUCAUCAGAACCCGCAAGGGUCUGAAGCUGAUCAAAGCCCUCAUGCAGUUGGUGGUAACGAUUCUGUUGCAUCUUCUGACUCAUCAGUUCAAGAUCCUGUUCUGACGCAACAGCAUGUUACUCAAUCGACGUAUAUGUCUCAAUCCCCGAGCUCUCCCUUCAGUGCUGCAACACUGAAGUAA